UGAUUUGACUGCCAGUUUGGCCGAUGUGAAUGAUCUUGCAGCCCGUUUAUUUGGUGUGACCACAGCAUGUACACUAUCCUUACGCAAGGGUGAAAAAUGAGUGGGUGUGUGAGAACAAGAUCUAAAUCUAAACAAAGAAAGGAUGAUGGCAAGGCUAACCAGCCAGCUGCACCUGUGGCUGCCCAGCAGCCCAGUGAUGAGCAACCUCAACAAAAGGAGGCACCCACUGAGUGUCAGGAUAUUAUGCCGGAGCGAGAGAAAGCAGUUGAAGAAGCACCUCUGGAUGAAGGCCCUGACCUGGAAUCUGGUAUCCAGGAACUGCCUGUGCCAAAGACUGGGGGCAAAAGUGAAGAUGACAGUGAUGUGAAGGGGGCGGAUGUCCCAACACUGGAGCCCGUGAAGAUGCCUGAAGCAGAUAUGUUAUCCAUUGAGAAUGCAAAGUGAAGGACAACCGAAAGUGUAAGCAAGAAGAAGCUGAAACCAUGCAAACUGCUCUCAUGUAGGAAGGACACUUCACUGUUAAAAAUCCCUCAAUAAAAUCUUACAACUUUC